GAGAUCCAAAACACGAGUGUAUUAAAUAAUUGCCGCCGAGUGCAUGCGGCAAAUCUUGUUGUAUUUUGAUUUAAAUUUUAAACCGUAAUGACCGCUCCACCGAGAAAAGAACAAAAGCAACGGAAACCAUUUCCUCGCCAGGAUUAUAACUACUUCCUGGUUCUGGAUUUUGAAGCAACAUGUGAAAAAUCUACAAAAAUAUAUCCCCAGGAGAUUAUUGAAAUUCCAGUUCUUAAAAUACAUGCAAAAACAUUUGAAACUGAAGCCAUAUUUCAUACGUAUGUACAACCAACAGCCAAUCCAAUUCUCACACCAUUCUGCACUGAGCUAACAGGAAUAACACAGGAUGUGGUUUGUGGAAAACCAAAGAUUGAAGAAGCUUUAAAGAUGCUAGAUAAAUGGAUGCUAGAUCAAGGUCUAUUAGAUGGUGAAACAGCAUUUGUAUUUGUUACUUGUGGUGAUUGGGAUCUCAAAACUAUGUUACCAGGCCAAUGCAAGUAUUUCAGGUUACCCAUAGCAAAUUACUUCAAGUCGUGGAUAAAUAUUAAAAGGCCAUUUAGUGAAGUAGUAAGGCCAAACAUUCGAGUUGACUUGAUGGAAAUGUUGCAGAUGUUAGAUCUAGAGCAUCAUGGGAGGCACCACAGUGGUAUAGAUGAUACCAAGAAUAUAGCCAAUAUUUUACAAGAAUUAGCAAAGAGAGGAUGCAAAUUUAAAGCAACUAGUGGCUUGACAUACUGA